CGGGUCCGGCGGCCUGCACACGCCAAGCACGCUGGGAGUAGCCAUGGCGGAUAAUCCCAUUUUGGAACUGUUGCUGCGGCGGCUGGAGGUAGCUGAUGGCGGUCUGGACAGCGCGGAGUUGGCUACGCAUCUGGGCGUGGAGCACCAGGCGGUGGUGGGCGCAGUGAAGAGCCUUCAAGCUCUGGGUGAGGUCAUUGAGGCUGAGCUUCGUUCUACCAAGUGCUGGGAGCUGACGACCGAGGGUGAGGAGAUUGCCCGGGAGGGCAGCCAUGAGGCCCGUGUGUUUAGAAGCAUCCCUCUCGAGGGCCUGGUGCAGAGUGAGCUCAUGCACCUGCCCAGCGGCAAGGUAGGCUUCAGCAAGGCCAUGUCCAACAAAUGGAUCCGAGUGGACAAGAGUGCCGCUGACGGGCCCCGUGUGUUCCGAGUGGUGGACAGUAUAGAGGAUGAAGUGCAGAAGCGGUUGCAGCUGGUCCAGGCAGGCCAGGCUGAGAAGCUGGCUGAAAAGGAACGGAAUGAGCUCCGGAAGAGGAAGCUGCUGACGGAAGUGAUCCUGAAAACCUACUGGGUGAGCAAGGGCAGGGCCUUCAGCACAAGCGUGUCUAAGCAGGAGGCAGAGCUGAGCCCAGAGAUGAUCUCCAGUGGCUCCUGGAGGGACCGACCUUUCAAACCCUACAACUUCUCUGCCCGUGGUGUGCUCCCAGAUAGUGGCCACCUACACCCCUUGCUCAAGGUCCGCUCCCAGUUCCGGCAAAUCUUCUUGGAGAUGGGGUUCACUGAGAUGCCUACGGACAAUUUCAUUGAGAGCUCCUUCUGGAACUUUGAUGCACUCUUUCAGCCUCAGCAGCACCCAGCACGUGACCAACAUGAUACUUUCUUCCUGCGAGACCCAGCUGAGGCCCUGCAGCUUCCAAUGGACUAUGUCCAGCGUGUGAAACGGACCCACUCCCAGGGUGGCUACGGCUCACAGGGCUACAAGUAUACCUGGAAGCUGGAAGAGGCCCGGAAAAACCUGCUUCGCACACACACCACAGCAGCCAGCGCCCGCGCCCUCUACCGGUUAGCCCAGAAGAAGCCGUUUACACCAGCCAAGUACUUCUCUAUUGAUCGUGUGUUUCGGAAUGAGACGCUGGACGCCACACACCUGGCAGAGUUCCACCAGAUUGAGGGUGUAAUAGCAGACCAUGGUCUCACCCUAGGCCACCUCAUGGGUGUGCUGAGGGAGUUCUUCACCAAGCUGGGAAUCACGCAGUUGCGCUUCAAACCAGCCUACAACCCCUACACAGAGCCCAGCAUGGAAGUGUUCAGCUACCACCAAGGUCUAAAGAAGUGGGUUGAAGUUGGCAACUCUGGGGUCUUCCGCCCUGAGAUGCUCCUGCCUAUGGGGCUCCCUGAGAAUGUGUCUGUCAUUGCUUGGGGUCUCUCCCUGGAACGCCCAACAAUGAUCAAAUAUGGCAUCAAUAACAUCCGAGAACUGGUGGGCCACAAGGUGAACCUGCAGAUGGUAUACGACAGCCCUGUGUGCCGACUGGAUAUUGAGCCCAGGUCCUCAAAGACACAGGAGGCUGCAUGAUAUAGGCUGUCCCAGAGAUCCCUGUCCAGUCCCUGUGCAUCCCUUGGCAGUGACCUACUAUUUAUGAGGCCUCUGUGAGGCCAGCUCACUCCCCCUGCCUCUCCCACCCCGGGGGCAGGGUUCUAAGUAUGGGGAGUUCUUAUGCUGGCUUUUAAUGGUGUGUGUAGUUUGCUUGUAAGGGUGGGUUUGGGCCCUGCAGGUCAGCUGUUUUAAUAAAGUGGGCACAUUCCCUCGUUUGGUGCCUUUUGUUAGGA